UCAGAAAAAAGAAAGGUCCCGCGUUGGCAAGCAGCUGCAGUUGUUUCCAAAAAAGUAAUGGGUAUCCAGUAACUGCCCUGCUAAAAUACAUAUUUGACUCACUACAGCCUGAACGAGCUCGCACUCCAGCUUGGUGAUCAGUGUGGUUCAGACGCUCCGAUCCUUUGACUCAGUUGCUUUUGUUUUUGGUUUGCGCGGACUCCCCCGACACUAAGCAGCCAUGGAUGCCAUCAAGAAGAAGAUGCAGAUGCUCAAGCUCGACAAGGAGAACGCCUUGGACAGAGCUGAGCAGGCCGAGUCAGACAAGAAGGCAGCCGAGGACAGGAGCAAACAGCUUGAGGAUGACCUGGUAGCACUGCAGAAGAAGCUGAAGGCAACUGAGGAUGAGUUGGACAAGUACUCUGAAGCCCUUAAGGAUGCCCAGGAGAAACUGGAGCUUGCUGAGAAGAAAGCCACAGAUGCUGAGGGUGAUGUAGCUUCCCUGAACAGACGUAUCCAGCUGGUUGAGGAGGAGCUGGAUCGUGCUCAGGAGCGUCUGGCCACAGCUCUGACCAAGCUGGAGGAGGCUGAGAAGGCUGCUGAUGAGAGCGAGAGAGGCAUGAAGGUUAUUGAGAACAGAGCGAUGAAGGAUGAGGAGAAGAUGGAGCUGCAAGAGAUCCAGCUGAAGGAGGCUAAACACAUUGCUGAGGAGGCUGACCGCAAAUACGAGGAGGUGGCCCGUAAGCUGGUGAUCAUUGAGAGUGAUUUGGAACGUACAGAGGAACGUGCUGAGCUGUCUGAGGGCAAAUGCUCUGAGCUUGAGGAGGAGCUGAAAACUGUGCAGAACAACCUGAAGUCUCUGGAGGCUCAGGCAGAGAAGUACUCGCAGAAGGAGGACAAGUACGAGGAGGAGAUCAAGGUUCUUACAGACAAGCUGAAGGAGGCUGAGACUCGUGCUGAGUUCGCUGAGAGAUCAGUCGCCAAGCUUGAGAAGACCAUUGAUGACUUGGAGGCUAAAUUUUUACACCCCUUCACCCCCAGAAGCCACCCGCUGGUUGAGCGUCUUCAUCUUUCUCCUGUGCAGCGCUGCCCAAUUUUCUGUCUCCUCUGUGUCUGUAUUUCUUUACUGCCCUGCCACUACUGCACAUUGGACCAUCGCUGCCGCCAUCCUUUUGUUCAUCUCUUAUCGAGACCUCUGAGCCGUAUUGCUUUCUGUAAAAUAAACAUUCUUCCAUCUAUGUCAGCCCUUCCCCCUUUCUCCUGAGAUGUUUCAUUUCCAUUUGUCCCAACUUUUUUUGAUUUGUGUCUUCUAUGUGUUUAAUUUAUUUUGUUGAGUAGCUUUCGAAUAAACUCUAAAGCUCCUCUCCCAUUAACUGUUCCUUUUUCUGUUCGGGAGGCUGAUUAUUUGGUAUAACAGUAUUUCUGGGCUGCUAAUUCAUUCUACUUAACAAACUAGUCCUCACUUGAAAUACAUAGUUCUGUCUUUCUCUGAAUUAGAGGAAUACUGGAAUAUAACAGUCAUGACAGGUAACCUGCUUUGAUAGUCAGUCAGUGUGGUUGCUUCUGAAGAGGAUCAACUCCAUCAUUAGGGAUUUUAUUUUUAAAAGUGCUGAAACAAUCAUCUUUAAGGUCUCUGGCCUCCUUCAAAAAAGUAUCAGUGUGAAUGUCAGGUACUGUGCUGCCUGUUUUGGUUUCCAGUUUGAUCUGAAAUAAGCAUUUAUCAACAUGUAGGCUUAUUUCAUGCUGUUCUCAGUGUGUCUGGGGAAAAAAUAAUUUUCACACCAACAGAACCAUAAUGAGUGCUGUUGCUAUGGCUAACAAGGACAGUAAGUAUUUGCAACAGCUUGGUAGAUCUUUUCGGAAAUGUGACUGAACAAUAGUGAGUUGCUUUAGUUUGUCAUGUUCAUGAGGUUGACAGUUCAACAGCGUGAAUACAAACUAACACUGGUUGUAUGAUUAGCUUCAAAGCAGCGGUUGCUCUUUGUCUUCUGUACUAACUUCCUCUUUUCCUUUUCUCUUACCCGCUUUCUGACGGUCAAGACCAUCUAUACAAGCAGCUUGAGAAAAACCGUCUUCUGACCAAUGAACUGAGAGUAGCCUUAAAUGAGGCGUGAACCGGAACGGCCUCUUGUAUGCUUUCAUUCUUCUGAAACUCAAAUGUCCAGACAUAUUGUCUAAUGCUGUGAUAUAUAUUUAAAGAGUAUAGGCAACUGUGUCUAUGACACGCAGCUUAAACCAAGUAAUGCUUUCAACAAACAGGAACAAAACUGUAAGACUUUCAACAUUAUGCAUGCUCAAACAGUUUCAGAGGGAAGGUCAGACAACUAGAUUAUGAAAAGUUACCAAAAGCAUCUGAUAUUUUUUCUUGGUUAUUGUCAGGGCUGUAGCACAAAUUCAUCGAUAUCUGCACAGUGCUGUUGCUCAUUGGAUGAAAGCUGGUGAUGAUUCUUGUGGCCCACAGGCUCAAAAAAUGCUUUAAGGGGUCUAGAACUCCUUUCUGCACUCCUGAAUCCACAUCUGUAAUCCUGUAAUGGCUAACAAGAAAAAAGGACAAGUUUUCAACAAAAAUAAUCAAGUCUAAACUGAUCAUCACCAAACUACCAAUUAUUUUAGUUUUAAUGCAGACUUGCUCUGUCUUUUUGCAAUCGGAGUUAGUUUUUCCAAGACACUAGCAUCAGUGUUUUGAAACAUUUGAAUUAGCAUAAACACUUAAAAUGAGAAAAAAUAUCUGAAUUAACCUAAAUAUAAAGGGACGGAGUGUAAUCUGGUGUUAAGCUGCGAGGAUAUGGUUCUGAAUAUUAGUGCAUGCAGAGAGAGUUUGAACCAAAUCUGCCUGUAUGGACCCCCGAGUUGUUAUAGGUUUUUGACUUUGGUAAUAUAGAAGGGGACAUCUGCUUUUUAAAUUACAGAGUUACCUGCCUGAACCACUGCAAGGCUCAAUCUUCUCAGUUCUGUCACUUAGUGCAGUAUUUGUAAAA